AAAAGGGCCAAAACUCAAAACUCAUGCUAUAUUUCUGGUAGAAGAUGAUUGACUUGGUCAUCGCUUGUUUGUCAUCAGUUGAAAACCAUCAAAUCCCAACAUGUUAAUACUUUCAUCCCUAAAAUUAGAGCAAAGCUGCAAAAUCAAAAGGAGCUGUGAACAAUAAAGCAGCCAAUCCUGUGGUGGCCGAGAAACAGCAAGUAUAUUUUCUCUGUUUAUGCCAGAAAGAGUGAAAAUAAUUUGUCUUCUCCCCUCAGAUUCCUGUAAGCAGCCUUGGGUCACUGCCAAGGCAGAAUGCCCAUGCAAACCUUCCCAAAAAUGCAGGCCACAGGCUGCUUUUUGGUGAUUCCUCUUCUCAUCUUCUCUUCAUCCGUCUUAGCUCUUUCUGAUGUCGAAGUUUCCUUCAUCGCUCAUCGCCAACUCCUAACCCUUCAAGAGGAUGGUGAAUUGCCGGACGAUUAUGAGCACAGAGUUGAGCUUGAUAUCACAUUUGCCAAUCCCAGGCUUAGAAGAGCUUACAUUGCUCUCCAGGCAUGGAAGAAGGCCAUAUAUUCAGACCCAUAUAACACAACAGAAAAUUGGAUCGGUCCAGACGUUUGCGCUUACAAUGGUGUGUUUUGUUCUCCAGCUCUGGAUGACCCAAAACAAACUGUUGUCUCUGGCAUUGAUCUUAACCAUGCUGACAUUGCUGGAUAUUUGCCUGUGGAGUUGGGUUUAUUGACAGAUAUUGCUCUCUUCCACAUUAACACAAACAGGUUCUGCGGCAUCAUUCCAAAGAGCUUUUCGAAGCUAAGGCUUUUGCACGAGCUCGAUGUUAGCAACAACCGUUUUGUUGGCCUAUUCCCAGAUCAUGUUCUAAUGAUUCCCGCACUCAAGUACCUGGAUCUUAGGUACAACAAUUUUGAGGGAGACCUGCCUCCGGAGGCGUUCAAAACGGAACUAGAUGCCUUGUUCUUGAACAACAAUCGGUUCACAUCAAUCAUUCCUGAAACUCUAGGAGACUCUCCGGCCUCCGUUGUAGUAUUCGCCAAUAACAAAUUCAGAGGCUGCAUUCCCAGCAGCAUUGGUAAGAUGGGAAACACGUUGGAUGAAAUUAUUUUCCUAAACAACAAGCUCUCUGGGUGUUUGCCAACCGAGCUUGGAAUGCUGGCAAAUGUGACGGUGCUAGAUGUUGCCUUGAACACAUUCACCGGUAUCUUGCCUAAGACGUUAAGCGGGCUUGGAAAGGUUGAAGAAUUGGAUGUGUCACAUAACAUGCUCACUGGUUUUGUUCCUGAUUCCGUUUGUCGUUUGCCUAGCUUGAUGAACUUCACAUUCUCCUACAAUUAUUUCAAUGGUGAAGCUCAAUCGUGCGAGCCAACGAAGAAGAGAGACAUUGCGUUGGAUGACACAGGCAAUUGUUUACCUGACAGGCCGAGGCAAAAGCCAGCACAAAUAUGUCAACCAGUGGUGAACAAACCAGUGGAUUGUAGCAAGGCUAAGUGUGGCGGAUCAUCAUCACCUUCUCCACAGAAUCCACCAUCUGAGAAGAAACCGCCACCUGUUCCAAAAUCUUCAGCACCAAGGCCCAAACCAACUCCAUCAACCAAGUCACCACCCCCAGAGCCAAAACAACAACAGCCAAAUUCGCCAGAGCCACCUAAAGUGCAACCUCCAAAGCCAAAACCAUCUCCAGUGCCAGAAGCACCCAAGGAACAACCUCCAAAAGAGAAACCAGUCCCUAAACCUGAAGCACCCAAAGCACAACCUCCACCGCAAACGCCCAAGCCAAAGCCACCAAAAACACAAACACCUAAUGUGCAACACCCAAAGCCGAAACCAUCUCCAGUGCCAGAAGCACCCAAAUCACAGUCCCCACCGCAAAAGCCGAAGCCGAAGGCAUCAAAAACACAAACACCUAAUGUGCAACACCCAAAGCCCAAACCAUCUCCGGAGCCAGAAGCACCCAAAGCACAACCUCCACCGCAAAUGCCCAAGCCAAAGACACCAAAAACACAAAUACCUGAUGUGCAACACCCAAAGCCCAAACCAUCUCCGGUGCCAGAAGCACCCAAAGCACAGCCUCCACCGCAAAUGCCCAAGCCAAAGCCACCAAAAACACAAACACCUAAUGUGCUACACCCAAAACCGAAACCAUCUCCAGUGCCAAAAGCACCCAAGGAGCAACCUCCAAAAGAAAUACCAGUCCCUGAAGCACCUGAAGCAGUACCUCCACAGCAAAAACCAAACCCAGAGCCAGAAUCGCCCAAAGAAAAAACUCCAGAACCUAAACCAGCUACACCGCCAACACCGGUCAACUCUCCACCGCCUCCACCUGUCAACUCUCCACCGCCGCCAGUACAUUCACCUCCACCACCUGUCAACUCUCCACCACCACCAGUACAUUCACCUCCACCACCACGAGUAGUCAAAUCUCCUCCAACACCGGUAAACUCUCCACCACCACCAGUACACUCACCUCCACCCCCACAAGUAGUCAAAUCUCCUCCACCACCUCCAGUACAUUCACCACCACCACCAGUACAUUCACCUCCACCACCACCUGUACACUCACCUCGACCACCACAAGUAGUCAAAUCUCCUCCGCCACGGGUUCACUCCCCACCACCUCCUGUGUUCUCACCUCCAACACCGGUACGAUCUUCCCCACCACCGAUACGGUCUCCCCCUCCACCUUCUCCAUCUCUCUCACCUCCUCCUCCUGUUUCCGUCGCGCCACCGCCGGAAGAUGACCUGAUACUUCCACCGAACUUGGGUUUCAAAUACGCAUCACCGCCACCACCAAUGGUCCCUGGAUACUAACUGAUUCAUCUGUAAUAUUUUUCCCCUUGAGAUUUUUUACCCGCUUGCUUUAGUUAGUCAAUAGAAUUUUCAAUACACAAUAUCGAAAUUAUAACUUUCUUUUUAUCAUUGAAUCAGUAAAUACAUACAACAUAUCUCUUCGAAUUGUUCGAGUGAAUGCAGUCAAUUGGCUGACCAUUAACAUUUGCAUACGUUGCAUUCUCCCGUUCCCUGCUGCCGCAUCCACAAUCAAAUACGCCGUCUUGCGA